CAAGAUUCCUUUAUGUGCUCAUUCUCGAAAUUGUCUCGUAUGGUCUUCCGGCGACACUUCCCGGGAUAAAUUCCUUUCAAACUUAACCGACUUUUUUCGCCGGAAAAAGUAUGAGGCCUCCCCUCGCGAAGCGGAUCGAUGUUAACGAAAUGGCUCGUAAGAAGGAAGUCGACGAUCGAAUUCCUCUUCGUAACUAUUACCGGAUCGCUGAUAAUCUUCUCAAACAGGCACGAAUCUAUCGUGAGGAAAAGAAUAUAAUUGAUUUGUAUGUCAUACUUUUAAGAUAUUCAAGUUUGGUCCUAGAUACUAUAAGAUUUCAUCGGGAUUACCAAGUGUUAUGUCUAAAAGAAAGAGCAUAUUGCAAGAAGCAAGUUUUAGGGGUGUUAGAUGAAUUAGAAUCUUUAAAACCAGAAGUUGAUCGUCAAGUGGGUGGAUUGAACAAAGCUCAUUCAAGAACAGAAGAUUAUCAACAAAAUGACAUUGGAAAAAACCAAAAUGGAUCAAGGGGUUCUUUUCAAUUGCCAGAUUUGAACAACAAUGUUCCUUUUAGAUCAGAUAGUAAUCAGUCAUUAAAAAAGCCCAUUCUGCCCUCCACUCAUGAAAAUUUACAUUUACAAUCAAGUCCUAUUGAUAUGCAGUUUCAAAAGCUUUCUCUAUUGCCACCUCCCAAGCAAGAAACACUAUCAAGACAUUCUCUUUUAGGUCCUAAUGGUCUUCGUGGUCAAUGGUCAACUCCUAACACAGAGAUAAAGGUGCAAUAUCCAGCAUAUAGUGACUUAAAUACCCAUGAAAAUUUAAGCUUAAUUCAGUCUGUGCAAAGUGACACUACAAGCAAUAAAGAUGCCAACUCAGGAAUGGAAACAACCUCAACUAUGGAAUCAGUGCUCUCAUUGGACGAUGGUAGCUGGACACGUCCACCUCAGCAGCCACGUGUACAUUUUGACAGCAGUGAUUUUUUCUCCGAAAAUAUUAUCAGACAACCUUCUCCCCCUCCUGUUCUUGCUCGCGUGCAACCUCAGCAGACUCCAAUUUCUCCAACAAGAGUUGCUGAUCCAAGACCGGGACCCGCAAAAUCUUUUCAAGAUAAUACACCCAGUGCUAAUGGCUACCAGCAUUUGCAUAUUCCUUUGAAAAUGAUGCAAGAUUUUCUCAGACUUGCUCAGGAAAAUACUAGAAAGAACUUGGAAACGUGUGGUGUUCUUGCGGGUUUUUUGAAAAACAGGGUGUUUAAUAUCACUACACUUAUAAUACCAAAACAGGAGUCAACUUCUGAUUCUUGCCAAACAUUGAAUGAAGAGGAUAUCUUUGAGAUUCAAGAUAAGCGUUCCCUUUUCCAACUUGGAUGGAUUCAUACUCACCCCACACAAAGCUGUUUCAUGUCAUCAGUAGACCUACACACUCAUUACUCAUAUCAGAUUAUGCUUCCGGAAGCAAUUGCAAUUGUGAUGGCUCCCACUGAUGAAUCCUGCCCACAUGGUAUAUUUCAUCUUUCGGAUCCUGGUGGAGUUAAUUUAAUCAGAAACUGUGAUCAACGUGGGUUUCAUCCACACGAGGAGCCUGAUGAUGGUAGCCCUAUUUAUGAGCAUUGUUCUCAUGUUUAUAUCAACGAGACUUUGAGAUUUGAUGUUUUAGAUCUUCGUUGAAAAUCUUUUUUUUUUUUUUUUUUUUUUGUUACGGGUAUAUAAUGAUUUAAAUGUAAAAUAUUUUUU